CUCUGCAGACCACUGUCUCCCCUCCUACCCCGCCGCGACUACCGACGCGUCGAGCCAUUCGCUCAGCCCGUUGCAGCGAGCAGCUCACUACUCGCGAGGACAUUGUGUCCUCUCUUCUCGACUUAAGCAUGCUCCAGGCUCGUCAGGAGCGAUUCACCCUCCAUGUCAUUGCACUGCAUCACCUCCUCACCAUCCUCUCUGACCUUGAUCGCACCCUCCGGAUCAUCCCCGUACGACUGGGGACUUCCACGAGGGUGUAUUCAGCGCUGUGGGAUUCUGGUUCUCAGGGCAACUUCAUUCACCCACGUGUGGUGAAAGAACCCCGCUUACCCACGGCAGGGUCUCCGACUCCCAUCUCCGUUACCCUAAGGGAUGACAAGACCCAGCGCUUCUUCGAUCAGAUGGUCACCGACCUCCUCUUCUUCCUCACUCUCGAGCCGAUUGAUCGUCCCCCGGCGUCUCGUCGCCACCGCUCCUUUGCACAUUUCGAUGUGAUGGAGACGGGGUACAAUUUCAUUCUCGGCACUCCGUGGUCUCGUCGGUUCCGCAGCACCGAGGCCGAUUGGGCUACCAACACUCUCGUUCCCAAAACGAAGUGUGGACAGACGUAUCGCGUAGCUUUCAUAGGUACCACAAUGACACCACGCCCUGAUCCUCCUUCCCAGAAGCCUUCCGUGCCCACACCAUCUCCUUCUAUCACUGUGACCUCGCCUCUGCAGUUCGCCCACUUCAUCCGACAGGACGACGUCACCUUCUUUAUAGUGAACGUGACAGAUCUCUUACACUAUGAUCCACCCUAUCUAGACGCCGAGCUCAUCCCUCUGGAGCCAGAUCCUCCUUCUAUCUCCAUGGCUCCCAUCUCUACUUUCGUCCCUCCGCCGUCCGUCGAGUCCACCCCGCCGUCGCGCGAUGACGCUGAUGCUGAGGAACUCGCACGAUAUACGACUGACCUGGAGCCCGCAGUUCGUGACCUCAUUCGAGAGUAUCACAACGUUUUCCCAUCAUCGUUCUCGUACGCAAGCAUCCCACCGAUGCGCGACGUCGAGCACCUCAUCCAACUUGUGCCUGACUAUCGUGUUCACCACCAGGCACCCUACGGACUCUCGAUCCCCGAGGCCACCGAACUCAAGCGUCAGCUUGAGGAGCUCCUGAGACUGGGUUUGAUUAAAACCAGCAACUCCCUGUGGGGUGCACUCGUCCUCUUUGCUCUCAAAGCGGAUGGAACUCUCUGUCUCUGCAUCGACUAUCGCGGCCUCAACCGCUACACGGUUAACAACAGUUACCCCAUGCCUCGUUCCAAUGAGCUGUUCGACCGCCUAGCAGGCAACCGCUUUUUUACGAAGAUUGAUCUUCGUAGCGGUUACCAUCCGAUCCGCGUCGCUGCAGCCGACCAGCCGAAGACAGCGUUCCGAUCGCGUGUCGGCCACUACGAGUUCACGGUAAUGCCAUUCGGCCUCACCAACGCACCCGCUACCUUCAAGACGGCGAUGAACGACAUCUUCAGGGACAUCCUGGAGCAGUACGUUCUUGUCUACCUCGACGAUAUCCUGGUCUACAGUCGUACCCUUGAGGAGCACCUCAGACACCUCCGCGACGUCCUUGACCGCUUGCGCRRACAUGGUUUCUACGCCAAGCUGAGCAAGUGCCGCUUUGCCCAGCACAAAGUGGAUUUUUUAGGACACUACGUGUCUGACCAGGGUCUCCAUAUGGAUGACGCGAAGAUCAGUGCUAUUGCGGAGUGGCCCGCUCCCACAUCCGCCAAGCAGCUUCGCAGCUUCCUUGGCCUGACCAACUGCUAUAGUAAUUUCAUCCAGGGAUACGCUAGGUAUUCGUACGUCCUUACCUCCAUCCUCCUCCGGAAUAACCCACCCUGGGCUUGGACACCCCUCCACGAGGACGCCUUCCGCGCCCUGAAGAAGGCGGUGACAUGCACACCGGUUCUUCACCUACCCGAUUUUGAUCGCCCUUUUAUCCUUACCACUGACGCGUCAGACUUUGUUGUAGGAGCAGUGCUUUCCCAGGUCUUCCCCCCCUCUCCUGAUUCCUCUCAUUCUCGUAUCCCUCGCUUCCCACCACCUACCCCUACCACUGCUUCCCGAUUGACGCCCACUCGUCCAGCUACUAACCAGCCUUCUAUUGACUAUUCUCCUACCAUCGCCGAGGACGACACUGUCGAGUCUCGCUCAGGUGAUUGUCCGAUAGCCUUCUACUCCCGUCAGCUUCUACCCGCCGAGAUAAACUACACUGUUGAUGAACGUGAGGUUCUCGCAGUAGUUUAUGCCGCUCGGCACUGGCGUCACUACCUGCACGGGGCACCAUUCACGGUGCGCACGAAUAACUUUGUUGUCCAGGCUUUUCUGACAAAGCCGAAGCUCACUCCUCGACAGGCUCGCUGGUGGCGCGACCUAUCCGAGUUUAGUUUCACCACUGAGCACAUCAAGGGUGAGACUAAUCGGGUCGCAGAUGCCUUAUCCCGGCGCCCUGACCACGACCAGGAGUAGAUCCAGCUCUCUUCCAUCUUGGUCACCACCGUCCACCACUCGGUGAUCGACGAGUUUCGCACUCAGUACCGCCACUGCCCCGAC